CUAGUUUGACGGUGCUCCGAUGUGGUGAAUGGCGACGGAUCACAUCUCAUCUAUCUACUCUUUAAUUUCACUUGUAAAUAAAUGAUUCCUCUUUAUGUUCUCCUGCCCAUUUCCAUCAUCCUGCCUGGACGCACACAGCCAGUUUAAAUUUCAAAAAAGGUUUCAAAUCUCACUGUAGAACCCUAAAAAUAUCACUCGAUCCAUCAUUGUUUUCCAUCACAAACGUUGGUCUUAUACACUUUUUAAAUUAUUUUGUACCUCUGGAUUCGGUGUCUGGGGGGUUUCAUCUCCAUUCACUGCUCGAUCUGUAUUUUUCUUGGCUUCGAUCUGUUAUCGUUUAAGUCUUUUUCGACUUGAAAGAUACAAAAAUGGAGGCGAUUGAAGAAUUGGCUCAACUUGCGGAUUCGAUGCGGCAGGCUGCGGCUUUGCUUAACGAUGAAGAUGUUGAUGCAAAUUCAUCGUCUUCUUCAAAACGCCCUUCCACAUUUCUUAACGUUGUUGCUCUUGGCAAUACCAGUGCAGGUAAAUCAGCAGUUUUGAACAGUUUGAUUGGACAUCCUGCUCUGCCAACUGGUGAAGGUGGUGCAACUCGCGCGCCUAUAUGUAUUGAAUUAAAGAGGGAUGGUAACUUAAGCAGCAAAUCAAUUGUACUGCAGAUUGAUAGUAAAUCCCAACCUGUGUCUGCAAGUGCUCUUCGACACUCAUUGCAGGAUAGGCUUAGUAAAGUGUCAAGCAAGAGUCGGGAUGAAAUAUUUUUGAAGCUUAAAACAAGUACAGCUCCUCCUUUGAAAUUAAUUGAUUUGCCUGGAGUGGAUAAGGGAAAUCUUGAUGAUUCUUUGAGUGAAUAUGCUCAACAUAAUGAUGCAAUUCUCCUGGUCAUAAUACCUGCUGCCCAGGCACCAGAAAUUGCCUCUGCAAAAGCCCUCAGAAUUGCAAAAGAAUACGAUGGAGAAUCAACUAGAACCAUUGGUGUGAUCAGUAAAAUCGAUCAAGCAACAUCAGAUCCCAAAGUUCUUGCUGCUGUUCAGGCACUUCUGUUGGGUCAAGGACCAAGGAGUUCAGCUGAUAUCCCAUGGGUUGCUCUGAUUGGGCAAUCAGUUGCCAUUGCUUCAGCUCAAUCUGGAAAUAGCAAGCUUGGUAGAUUAGCUCUUGUGGAGACCCUUGCUCAUCAAAUUCGUAGCAGAAUGAAAAUCAGGCUUCCAAGUCUUUUAUCAGGGCUUCAGGGUAAGUCACAAAUUGUGCAAGAUGAAUUGGUAAGGCUUGGGGAAUCAAUGGUGACUAGUUCUGAAGGUACAAGAGCUUUGGCUUUGGAACUAUGUCGUGAAUUUGAGGACAAAUUUCUUCAACAUAUUAUGACUGGGGAGGGAAAUGGUUGGAAAGUUGUUGCAAGUUUUGAGGGUAACUUUCCUAAUAGGAUCAAACAGCUUCCUCUUGAUAGACAUUUUGACAUAAAAAACGUGAAGAGGGUUGUUUUAGAAGCAGAUGGUUAUCAACCUUACCUCAUAUCUCCAGAGAAAGGAUUACGCUCUUUAAUAAAAGGUGUAUUGGACCUUGCAAAGGAGCCCUCACGUCUCUGUGUUGACGAGGUUCAUCGUGUACUUGCUGACAUAGUUUCAGCUUCAGCUAAUGCUACACCAGGGCUAGGGAGAUAUCCUCCAUUCAAAAGAGAGGUGGUGGCAAUUGCUACAACGGCUCUGGAGGGGUUUAAGAAUGAUGCAAAGACCAUGGUGACUGCACUUGUUGACAUGGAGAGGGUGUUUGUUCCACCACAACAUUUCAUCCGUUUGGUGCAAAGAAGGAUGGAUAGACAGCGAAAAGAAGAAGAGAUUAAAACCAAAUCUUCCAAAAAGGCUGUUGAUGCAGAACAAUCCUUACUAAAUAGGGCAAGUAGUCCCCAAAAAGGUGGGAACUUAAAAUCAAUGAAAGAUACCAAGCAAGAUAAGGAUGAAAAAGAGGGGCCCACUUUAAAGACUGCAGGACCUGAUGGAGAGAUAACAGCAGGAUUCUUGUUGAAGAAAAGUGCAAAAACUAACGGGUGGAGCAGGAGAUGGUUUGUUUUAAAUGAGAAAACUGGGAAGCUUGGAUACACUAAAAAACAAGAAGAGAGAAAUUUCCGUGGUGUCAUCACUUUAGAGGAAUGUGUUGUGGAAGAAGUUGAAGAGGAAGAACCCCCAGCCAAAAGCUCCAAGGACAAAAAGUCAAAGGUGGAAGAAAAACCACCGAGUUUGGUCUUCAAAAUAACAAGCAAAGUUGCAUAUAAGACUGUUUUAAAAGCUCAUAGUGCUGUUCUGUUGAAGGCUGAGAGUGGUGUAGAUAAGGCUGAAUGGUUAAACAAAUUAAGAGCUGUCAUGGGUAUCAAAGGUGGUGAAGUGGGUAUGAAGCCAGAUGGUCCUCCCAUUCGCCAUACUCAUUCAGAUGGCUCUCUUGAUACAAUGGCUAGAAAACCCGCAGAUCCAGAGGAAGAACUUUGUUGGAUGGCUCAGGAAGUGCGUGGUUAUGUUGAAGCAGUUCUCAACAGCCUUGCAGCAAAUGUCCCAAAGGCUGUUGUUCUAUGCCAAGUGGAGAAGGCUAAAGAAGACAUGCUGAAUAAGCUCUAUAGUUCUGUAAGCUCCCAGAGUACAGCUCGGAUCGAGGAGCUGCUUCAAGAAGAUGGGAAUGUGAAGCGUAAAAGGGAGAAAGUACAGAUGCAAUCCACCUUACUCUCCAAACUCACCAGGCAACUCAGCAUUCAUGAUAACCGAGCAGCUGCAGCCUCAACCAUCUCCAAUGGUAGCCCUGCAGAAAGUCCAAGAAGUAGUGGAGCAUCAUCAGGUGGUGGGGACUGGAGAUCUGCUUUUGAUUCUGCGGCCAAUGGCGGGAGCCCAUCGGGUCUUGAUUCCCGAUAUGGAUCAUCCAACGGGCAUAGUCGAAGGUACAGUGACCCGUCUCAAAACGGUGAUGAUGGUCCCGCCCCCAGAUCAAACUCCACCGGCCGCCGCACGCCCAACCGACUGCCGCCAGCGCCACCUGGCGCUUCUGGUUAUAGAUACUAGAUUUAUAGUUGAAAGAAUUUGGAACUUAUGAGUUAUGAUUGAUUCAUGCAUUCUUGUUACGGUACAUUCUGUAGAACUCAUUUAUUGUAGAUAGAUAUUUGAUAUGACGGAAAUACCCUUGGUUAUUCGGUGGUUUUGUUUAUUUUUUAUUUUUUUUUAAGAGUUGUUUUGGACGAUGAGGGUGGAUUUGUAUUUUUUUUUUUUACAAUUUAUGAUGCUUAUUAGGCAUAUAUAUUGGUUGCUAUUUUUUUGAUGCUUGG